AUGACUAACAUAUUGGGUCCAAAACAAAGAAAACAAAGAGAUAAUUAUUGGGACAGCGAUCAAGCUGAUAAAGAUAGAGAAGAACUUGAAAAGAGAACUGUAGGUGGCAAAGAUUCUGAAGAAGAGGAAUCAUCAUCAUCAGAGGAAGAGGUCAAGAAACCAACACCAGCUUCAUCUAAAAAGAAACCAGCUGCAAAGAAUAAUGGAAAAAAGGCUGCUGCUGUAGUUGCAUCUAGUUCAGAGUCGGAGUCGGAAUCUGAAUCAGAGUCUGAUGAUGAACCAGUACCCGCUGCAAAGAAGGGUGGUAAACAACCAGCCAAACCAGCUGCAAAGGCUGCUGCAAAGAAACAAGCUGCCAACAAUAAGAAACAAGCAGUCGUUGCAUCAGAGUCGGAAUCAGAAUCAGAAUCGGAAUCGGAAUCAGAAUCAGAAUCAGAUGAUGAACCAGUACCUGCAAAGAAACCAGUUGCCAAGGCAUCAGCCAAGGCACCACCCAAACCAGCACCAGCAGCAGCUAAAAAGGGUGGCAAGAAACAACGUGAAAACUAUUGGGAUAGCGAUCAAAUGGACAAGGAUGCAGAGGAAGCUCAAAAGAGACAAGGUUCAGAUGAAUCGGAAUCUGAAUCUGAAUCUGAAGAAGAGGUCAAGAAACCAGCAACUACAAAGGGUGGUAAACAACCAGCCAAACCAGCUGCCAAGGCACCAGCUAAAAAGGAAGCAGCACCAGCCAAACCAGCUGCCAAGGCAUCUGCUAAAAAGCAAGCAGCUGCUGCCAAAAAGGGAGAGCCACAAGAGGAAAAGAUUUCUGCAUUCUUGAUGAAGCAAAGACAAGAAGAAGAGAAAAAGGUUAGAGAGGCCGAGGAAAAGGCAAAGAGAGAAGAGGAAGAGAGAAUUGCAGACGAAAAGCGCGAGGCUGAAGAAGAAGAGGCAAGACGUAUCCGUAAUGCUGCCAAGAACAAGGUGCUCAAGGAGAAAAAGGAAAAGGAAGCUGCAGAGCGUGAAGAGCGUCUCAGACAAGACCGUCUCGACAAGCUAAAGGCACUUGGCAUGAGUGUCGGAGGCAAUGCACCACCACCCAAAAAGCAACAACCAAAGAAAAAGGAAGAUGAUGUCGUAGAAAAGAUAUCUGCUCUCAAGGUCGAAGAAGAAGAAAAGCAAGAAGAAAAAAAGGUAGAAGAAGAUGAUGAUGUUGGAUGGGAUGAUGACGAUUUCGAAACACAAGAAGAAAAGGUGGCAAGAGAAGCAGAGGAAGCAAGAAAGGCAAAGGAAGAGGAAGAAGCAAAGAAAAAGGCUGAAAAGGAAGCUGCCAAGGCUGAAAAGGAAAACAACAAAAACAAAAAGAACAAAAACAAAAACAAGGAUUCUACUUCUACCACUAGUACAUCGUCAUCGUCUACAGAGGAACCAGAAUUGAGAUCACCCAUUUUAUGUAUUCUUGGUCAUGUCGAUACUGGUAAAACAUCGUUACUCGACAAGAUUCGUUCAACCAAUGUCCAAGGUGGCGAAGCACGUGGUAUUACUCAACAAAUUGGUGCAUCGUUUAUUCCAGUUGAAAACAUUAGAGAUCAAGCCAAGGAUCUUGCUGAACGUCUAAAGUUUGAAUUCAAGUUGCCAGGUUUGUUGCUCAUUGAUACACCAGGUCACGAAUCUUUCAACAAUCUUCGUUCACGUGGCUCUGGUUUGUGUGAUCUUGCUAUUCUCGUCAUUGACAUUAUGCACGGUCUCGAAGCACAGACUAUCGAAUCGAUCAACUUGUUGCGUAUGAGAAAGACACCAUUUAUCGUUGCACUCAACAAGGUCGAUCGUAUCUAUGAAUGGCGUCCAUGCCGUAACGUCGAUAUUAGAGAGUCGCUCAAGGUACAGUCUCGUCACGCCGCUCAAGAGUUUGACUCGCGUGUCAAGGACACCGUUGCCCAACUCGCCGUCCAAGAACUCAAUGCUUCGCUCUAUUGGAAGAAUCCAGACCAUCGCAAGUACGUCUCGCUCGUCCCCACCUCUGCCGUCACUGGUGAGGGUAUCCCCGAUCUCAUGGUACUCGCCACCCAAUUGAUGCAAAAGAUCAUGGCUGAAAAGGUCACCUACCGUGACGAACUCCAAUGUACCAUUCUCGAAGUCAAGACGAUCGAAGGUCUCGGUGCCACUGUCGACGCUGUCCUCGUCAACGGUGUGCUCAGCGAGGGUGACAAGAUUGUCGUCUCUGGUUUCGGCGCUCCCAUCGUCUCGACCAUUCGUUCGUUGCUCACCCCACCCCCUCUCAGAGAGACUCGUGUAAAGACUCAACUCAUCCCCAACAAGUCGGUCAAGGCAUCGAUGGGUGUCAAGAUUGUCGCUCCUGGUCUCGAAAAGGCUGUCCCCGGUACAUCUUUGCUCGUCUGUACCGAAGACGACGAUCUCGAAGACCUCAAGGCACAAGCACAAUCUGAAAUCGACUCUGUACUCAAUGACGUCGAAACUUCAGGUGUUGGUGUGUCUGUACAAGCAUCGACACUCGGCUCUCUUGAAGCCUUUAUCAGCUUCUUGAAAAAGAUCAAGGUCCCCGUCGCCAAUGUCGCCAUUGGUCCCAUCCACAAAAAGAACGUCAUGGCCUGUUCCAUUAUGCGUGAAAAGGACCCCAAGUAUGCCAUCAUGCUUGCCUUUGACGUCAAGAUUGAAGAGUCGGCUCAACAAGCCGCCAACGACAUGAAGAUCACCAUCAUGAGCGAAGACACUAUCUAUCUCUUUGAGAAGCGUCUCGAAGACCACUUUAACGCCAUCAAGGAGAAGCUAAGAGACGAGACUGCCAACACUUGUGUCUGGCCAGUACUCUUGGACGUUAUCCGUGUCUUUAGAAAGAAGGAUCCCAUCUUGGUCGGUGUCCGUGUCAAGGAAGGUACCCUCCGUAUUGGAACACCCCUCAUUCAGGCUGAAGGUAUGGCCGAUAUCGGUACCGUCCAAAACAUCAAGCUCAACGAAAAGGACGUCCAGGUUGCCAACAAGGGUGACGAAGUCUCCAUCUCGAUCAAUGACUCUAGCGCUAGCACUACCUUUGGCCGUCACUUUGACGAUAAAAAGGUUUGGUUCUCUAAAAUUUCACGUGACUCUAUCGAUGCCCUCAAACAAGGUUGGGGUGAUGAAUUGUCCAAACAAGACGUCGCUCUCAUUAAAUAUAUGAAACAAGUUUUCAAAAUUCAAUAA